AUGGCCGUCGAGGUUGUGCCCCUCACAGAAGCAGACAUCCCCGAUGCGAUCGAAGUCAUCCAACAAGCAUUCGCAGAAGACCCAUACUUCCAAUGGGUUUUCGAUCCCUCCAAUUUCAACAAGCAAAGGAACUAUGAUUCCCUCGCUGCGCGGUGUCUCUGGGGGAUCAACAACGCCCUGUUCCACGUCGCCAAGGAAACCAGUGCAAACGGCGCAGACCGCGUGGUCGGUGUGUCCUGCUGGUUACCGCCGCAUGCCGCGUCCGAACCGGAGAGCUGGUACAGCUGGUGUCAGGGGUGGGUGCUGAGCUGGCGACAGAUGCUGAACAACGUGUGGCAUUUAGGACGGGGCGGGCUCCGGACUAAUCGGUACUGGAUCUGGAAGGAGAGGCAGCAGGAGGCGCAGAGCGCGAUCUGGGAUGAUCCACGGGGGUACUAUUUUUGCAACACUGUGGCGGUCAGUCCUCAGGCGCAGGGAGGUGGGAUUGGGAGGAAGUUGUUCGAGGCUGUUACUGAUAUGGCGGAUCGCGAGGGGGUGAAGUGCUAUUUGGAGAGUUCGCGGAAUGUGCCUAAUGUGCAGAUUUAUGAGAAGAUGGGAUUUAGGAUGAAGAAGGAGAUGGAGUGUCGGGAUGGGGAGGAUGUUUGCAUGCUUUAUUGCAUGGUUCGUGAGCCUACUUCAGAGAAGUGA